GCCACCGACCACCAUCCACGCGGGACGCGGCGCGGCAGGCCGGGGAGCGGCGACGACGCGGCGCGGCGCGGACCGGCGGCGACCGCGGCGGCCCCCGCUUCCUCUUCCUCCUCCUCCUCGUCAUCUCGCUAGCUCCUCAUCAUUGGCCGUGAUGUCGCAACAGACGUGCUCGUGUGCCGACCUCAAUUGCUUCCAUGGCGGUUGUGCUUGUUUCACAAAUGAAGGGGUCUGCUCUAAGGACUGCAAGUGCCGUGCUAAGUGCAAGAACAUCUUGGAUAAUGAAGAGACGGUCACAGAGAAAUUCGCUGAACACACCAAGAACAAAGCUCCUGCCGCUCAAACGCUUCCCUCGGGCUCUGUUGUGGCGGUCCUCGUGCCGGAUACCAGGGCUAAGCCAUUCCCAGCACGAAAACCAGGGUCUAUGCUACGGUGCAGCUGUCCCACCUCCCAGUGCGAAAACGGGAACUGCAGAUGUAACAGGGCUGGCUUGCCUUGUUGUGACCUCUGCAAGUGCAACGACUGCAGAAAUCGGGGGAAGCUCCAGGAUCUAUUCCCGGGCAGCGGGAUCAAGGAAGAGGUUCCUGCUUCAGGUCCGACCGUGACGACUCGUGGGAAGGCACAGGCUGUCAAGGAGUCUGCUGUUGGGUGUAAAUGCCAAACCGAAUGCGCCAGUCGCUGCGGUUGCGUGAGGCGUAAAAUCAAGUGCACCUCCAAAUGCAAGUGCCAAGUGUGCGGCAAUGACGACGGGAGCAGAUUUUCCAAUAUGUCCAAGGCUGGAGCAGGGGGUCAAGGUAGUACUCGCAGCAGCAGCAGCGCCGUCGAAUCGACAGGCAAACGGCCAAAACGCGUUUGAUGACAGUAGGCUUGAGACAUACCAGAGCAUGAUGCAAGUCACCUUACAUACUUACCAUCCUCAAGUCACCUCCUGUUCAGAUAUCUCCCACUGUAAAGCACAGCCAGGUUCCUGUAGAUUCCUUGUAAUGGUUGGUUACUCGAAGCAAGCACGGCGAAAACUCCAUGAUCUGCGAUGUCGUUAGCCUCAGAACGUGGUGUUGAUCAGACGGAUAGAUACUUGAGAACAUACAUAUACAUACUCAUGUAGGAAUAUUUGCCGUCAUCAGUCGGCGUCCAUACAUACCGCGUGCCUGGAAAGGGUUGGUUCAGCUACUUCUUAUGCAUACAAUACAUAGUUCCUGCAAAUGAUUUCUCUCUUAUCUACUUUAGGAAUGUUCCGAUGGUGUUUGAAACCCAAUGUAGUAUGGAUCUGAUGUGCAUAAACAAAGAUGCCUGGUGGCGUUAUGAUCUGCAUUGCGUUACAUAAUCUGAUGAUAUGCUCUCA